GAGGUUUCAGAGAAUGGAAAGAGAAUGCUCUGUACUUAUCCACAAAUUUCUAUCUUUCUCUGCAUUUCAUCAGACAACGAUUGCUAAGUCUUUCACCAAAUUAGUACCACACCAUCCUUCGCACACAAUGAAUCACGCGAACAGAGUGAAUCGCACCCAGCAAACCUACCAGCUCAUAAGUUGUCCAGUAACAAAAUUAAACGCUCAUCUUCUCCCUACACUGUUCAACAACAACAACAACUCCCUCAACCCCUAGUAUAUAUUCAUACCAAAACAACCCCUCAAAAUGAUCUUAUACUUGCAACAUACCAAAGUGCAUCAACCACAUACAAACAACACCCUCCUCAACACAGUAAAGGAUAAGAAAAGAAAAAUACGACAACAAACCAACCUAUACUUCAUAAAGUAUGCCUCCUUCCAACCCUCCCCACCCCCAUGCAGAACCAGACUCAGACUCAAGUGCAGAAACAGGCUCAAGCUCCGAUUACGACUAUAUCCGCCCUGGCAAUGGCUACGGUUUCGACUACGACUCUGAAGUCGAAGCUCGCCACGCUGCACGCCGUGCUGAGCGCGAGAACACUACUGGCAGUACUGUCCUGCUGAGCGAGCAAGAAGGUGAGGUGUCUGGGGAUACUUGUAGUGGGUUUGAGGGCUCCUCCUCUAACGUCGAAGAAGACUCUAACGCUGUAGAAGACGGUAGUAAUAUCGAAGAUGAAGUAGAGCAGGGUCAGCAGCAGGAAGAGCAAUGGAACGAACAAUACGACCCAGACUUAGAAGAAGGACCGCUGCUGCAUCCUCCGCCAGCGGAUCAUAGUCGCAUUGGCUAUAUUACACCCACGCCCCGUAGCCGCAUCGUGUAUACUACGUCGAUUACGGCUACGCUGUCGGGGCCGAGCGGCGUGCUGGCAUCGUAUACGCAUUAUGCGGAGCACGGUCCAUGAGAGUGGCUCGCGCGGGCAGGGCGGGCGCAGAGGACGUAUGAGGAGUGGGCGGAGGGCAGGAACCAUGAGUUUCGGGGGAGGAAUAGGGA